ACUCAGCUCGAACGGUUGUAAACCGUAACUGUAACAGUAGCAGCAGCAGCGAGAGAUAACCUUUAAUUGAAACUCGAUUCCAGUCAGGAAAGAGAGAAAAACAAGACAAGACAAAACAUGAUGGGGAAGCAGCUAUUAUUUACCUGGCUAAUGGUACUUGGAGCCUCAGCUUUAGUGGUGGCCAUUGAAGUUCAGAAAUUCGGCCAUCUAUAUAAUCCACCCCAAGCCGAACAUCCGCAUCAUGAGGAGAAACAGGAUCUUAGUAAAAUUCCGGGUGUUCCUGGAGUUGAUUACCCCAUCUACCAUGAGGUACCCCACACCCAAUUCAGUUGCCAUAACGUUCCAGCAGUACCGGGAAUGUAUGCCAAUGUAGAGACUGGCUGUCAGGCCUAUCAUGUCUGUCACGAUGGACGCGAAGGGCAUCAGGGUGCCUCAUUUUUAUGCACCAAUGGCACCAUAUUCAAUCAGAAGGAAUUUGCCUGUGACUGGUGGUACAAUGUCAAGUGUGAGGAGGCCCUUAGCCUGUAUCAUUUAAAUGCCGAUCCAGAACAUAAUCCUUAUAUACCCAAGAAGAAGUUGGAGCCAGAGUUAGAUCAUUCAGCCAUACAUGGAGGUCAUGGCGGAUUCUUAAUACAAGCUUAAAUCUAUAACUCACGUUUCGUUCUUUUUGUA